AUGCCACCAAAAAAAACAGGUAUUGGUAAAAACACAACCAAAUCACGUAAUAUCAGGGAAAGAAGAGCAGCCGAAACAGCUGCGGAACGCGAAUCACGUCUUCAGGAAAAACGGGAAAGGGCAUCUACGUCUAGAGCCGCAGAAACGGAAAGAGAACGCGAAUCACGGCUUCAGGAAAUGCGUCGCAGUUCAUCUUCAUCGAGAGCUGCAGAGACACCACAACAGCAUACCGAAAGACUACAAGCCAGUAGAUCCCGAAUGGCUCGAUCAAGAGAAAGAAUAUAUUUAAAGUUGGCGGCAUUCCAUUACGAUAAGGAUGAUGACUACAGAAAUCACAAGGACGUACUGAUUGGCGCAAUGAACAAAGUUUGCUUACAUUGCAACGCAUUGAAGUUCCCUAAGGAAUCCCCGGGAAUGUGCUGUUCGAACGGUAAGGUUGUUCUGCCACCAGUUAUUGAACCUCCUGAGCCGCUUCUAAGUUACAUUUCCGGCACCACUCCGAUUUCAAAGCACUUUCUUCAAAAUAUCCGAAAGUACAACUCAUGCUUUCAAAUGACGUCCUUCGGGGCAACUAAUAUUGUAAACAACGUCGGCUUUAUGUCCACCUUCAAAGUUCAAGGCCAAAUAUACCACAGAAUUGGAUCGUUGCUCCCCCUUCCCAAUGAUGAUGCGAAGUUCCUUCAAAUUUAUUUCACUGGAAAUGAAGUUACAGAAGCCGAACACCGUUGCGCAAUCAGUACUGAAGUUAGGCGGGAAAUUGUUUCGAGUCUUCAAGCAAUGUUACACGAACACAACAGCCUUAUCCGACUAUUCAAAACAGCCUUAGACCAGAUGCCGACUGAUGAUUAUGUGAUUGUGAUAAGAGCUGACAAGACUCCGGCUGGUGAACAUGAGCGGCGCUUCAAUGCACCGGUGAUAGAUGAUGUCGCAGUUGUUAUGGUUGGCACAGAAUUCGAGCGGCGAGAUAUAAUUAUUCAUCGCCGGAAUGCAAGUGUUCAACGCGUUGCCGAAACUCAUCGGUCGUAUGAUGCCCUACAAUAUCCAGUGCUUUUUCCACGGGGUGAGGAUGGGUAUCAUUUCAACGUAAUGCAAAUGAAUCUCAACUCAAAUGAAGAGUCAACAAAAAGAGUUUCCUGUAUGGACUUUUAUGCAUAUCGUCUUAUGGUCAGGCCAAAUGAAUAUAAUUAUUUGUUGAAAUGUCGCGAACUCUUCCAUCAAUUCAUCGUCGACAUGUACGCGAAAAUUGAAAGUGAACGUCUACUCUUCAUUCGGUUGAAUCAAAAAAAGCUACGCGUUGAGGAAUAUGUCCAUUUGCGUGAUGCAAUCGUCAAUGAUGGAAACGCUGCGAAUAUCGGCCAAAUGGUGAUCUUGCCAGCGACAUACACUGGCAGUCCGCGACACAUGCAUGAGUACGCUCAAGAUUCUAUGACAUACGUACGCAAAUAUGGACGACCGGACCUCUUUAUCACUUUCACAUGCAAUCCAGCAUGGAAAGACAUCCCCGACCUGUUAUUCACCGGCCAAAGUUCAACACAUAGGCACGAUCUCUUCGCCCGAGUAUUUAAACAAAAGUUGAUUAGGCUGAUGGAUGUCAUCACCAAAAAUCACAUAUUUGGCGAAACUCAAUGCUGGAUGUACUCGGUUGAAUGGCAAAAGCGAGGCCUGCCACACGCCCAUAUUUUAGUCUGGCUUAAACAAAAAAUCAUGCCAACUCAAAUCGAUGACGUGAUUUCCGCUGAACUACCGAAUCCCGCAGAAGAUCCGAUUCUAUUUGAAUCAAUACGAAAACACAUGAUCCACGGGCCUUGCGGUGAACUGAACACAAAUUCACCAUGCAUGAAAGAAAGUAAGUGUACAAAGCGCUAUCCACGUGAGCUGAUCCGAGAAACUCAAACUGGAGGCGAUGGAUAUCCUCUGUAUAGGCGAAGAAAGCCGGAUGACGGUGGAUACACAACCACAAUCAAAAUGCGCAAUGCAGAUGUUGACGUCGAUAACAGAUGGAUCGUGCCCUACUCACCGCUGCUUUCAAAAAUGUUUGAUGCCCACAUCAAUGUUGAGUACUGCAAUUCUGUAAAGUCAAUCAAAUACAUUUGCAAAUACGUCAACAAAGGCAGUGAUAUGGCAGUAUUCGGGCUGGCCAAUCCAACUGACGAAAUCACACAGUUCCAGAUGGGGCGCUACAUCAGCAGCAAUGAAGCGGUUUGGCGUAUAUUAUCAUUCAACAUUCACGAGCGAUAUCCUACAGUUCAACAUCUAGCUGUUCAUUUGGAAAAUGGCCAGCGUGUUUAUUUCACCGAGCAAAACGCUGAAAAUAGAGCAGAGCAGCCGCCACACACCACUCUCACCGCUUUCUUUGAUUUGUGUUCAACUGACAAUUUCGCCAAGACUUUAUUAUAUCCAGAAGUUCCCAAAUAUUACACUUGGAACACGUCGUUAAAGAAAUUCAUGAGGAGAAAGCGUGGUGCGAUUGUCUCAGAAUAUGUUGGUGUGUAUUCUUCUCAUGCCUUGGGACGUGUCUACACAGUUCAUCCAAAUAAUGCUGAAUGUUAUUAUUUGCGAUUGUUAUUGCAUAGUAUCAAAGGUCCAACAUCAUUCGCCGACUUAAGAACCAUCGAUGGAAACGAAUGCCAAACUUAUCGAGAAGCGUGUUUCAGAUUGGGGCUGCUUGAAAGUGAUCAGCAUUGGAACACAACACUAACAGAGGCAUCACUCACAUGUCACCCAAAACAAAUACGCACUUUGUUUGCGAUUAUUUUAACAACAUGCUCACCAUCGAAUCCACGAGAACUGUGGGAAACGCAUCGCGAAAGCUUAAGUGAAGACAUUCUCAUGCAAUCACGCGUAACUGAUCCUAACAAGCAGUAUUCAGACAAUAUUUUCAACCAAGCUCUACUCUUGAUUGAGGACAUGUGCAUAUCCAUGAACAACAAAGUCUUAACUGACCUAGGAAUGCCGGCAUCAAUACGGGACAUAAACAGUUUGCAAGACAGAGACCUGGUGCGAGAACAGCACUUCGAUGUGAACCAGCAAAAACAAUAUGUGAAAACUCAAACCAAACGUUUAGUUCCUGAUCAGAAAAAUGCUUACGAAAAAAUUAUGCAACGUAUAUCAAACGGAAAUGGCGGACUUUUUUUCCUCGAUGCACCAGGAGGGACAGGCAAAACAUUCCUCAUCAAUUUAAUAUUGGCGUCGGUUCGGAUGCAGAAUUGGAUUGCACUCGCAGUGGCAUCAUCGGGAAUUGCAUCGACGUUAUUGGACGGCGGACGCACUCAGCACUCAGCACUCAAACUGCCAUUGAAAUUGAACCAAACGGAAUCACCAAUUUGCAAAAUCAGCAAAAACUCCGGCAUGGCCACAAUCCUUAAAACGUGCAAGAUUAUCAUUUGGGAUGAAUGCACAAUGGCACAUAAGAAAUUGCUCGAAGCGCUCGACCGGACCCUGCGUGAUUUUCGGGGAAACAACCAACCGAUGGGAGGUGCUCUGAUUCUUCUUGCUGGUGACUUCCGCCAAACUUUGCCCGUUAUUCCUCGAUCAAUGCCCGCAGAUGAGUUGAACGCAUGCUUAAAAUCUUCAUACCUUUGGAACCGAGUCGAAAAAAUCACGCUAUCGACGAAUAUGCGAGUGCAUUUGCUGCAAGACCCUUCUGCCGAAACAUUCUCAAAACAACUGUUGGACAUCGGAAAUGGAAAAAUUCCAAUUGAUCCCGCCACUAAUGAGAUUUCGUUCCCGCCGAACUUCUGCCAAAUGCUAACGAAUAUUCAAGCCGUUGUCGAUAAGGUAUUCCCAAGUCUUACAACCAACUACAAAAACUCGGAUUGGCUGUGGGAACGUGCAAUUUUGGCACCCAAAAAUGAUGAUGUCAAUAAACUCAAUGAGCAAAUUCAAUUGAAACUGCCUGGCGAAACAAUUAAAUACAAAUCUAUUGACACUGUUACGAUCGAAGAACAAGCCGUCAAUUAUCCUACUGAAUUUUUGAAUUCAUUGGAACCAGCCGGAAUGCCACCACAUGUAUUAACAUUAAAGGUUGGAUCACCGAUAAUGCUUCUCCGGAACUUAAACGCGCCAAAAUUAUGCAACGGAACAAGAUUGACCAUCAAAAAAUGUUCACCUAAUUUAAUUGAGGCAACAAUAAUCGGUGGUAGAUUCAAAGGCGAAGACGUUCUGAUUCCACGCAUACCGAUGAUUUCCAACGACUUACCAUUUGAAUUCAAGCGGCUCCAGUUCCCAAUUCGUCUUGCCUUUGCUAUAACCAUUAACAAAGCACAAGGCCAAUCGUUGACUAUUGCUGGCUUACAUUUGGAAAAUUCAUGUUUUUCACACGGUCAAUUGUAUGUGGCUUGCUCCCGAGUUGGCACACCAAAUAAUUUAUAUAUUUUUACUCCAAAUAAAAAAACAAGAAACAUUGUAUAUCCCCUGGCAUUAAGAUGA